AUGGGCGAUGACUCAGAGAUCAUACGGGAAAUUGGCAGGUUGUUUUCGUUUGAGGAACGAUAUGAAGGCUGGAAGGAGUCGAUCCGGCACAACCUGUCCUCAAACGCCUGCUUUUUUCAGGAGCUGAGAGACCCGGCGCACCCUAAAACGAAAGGAAAUUUCUGGAGGGUCAACGUGGACCUGAUCCCGCCCGGGGCGUUGAAGCUCCAGAACACGCCGGUCUCUCGGCAGAACGGGGGCGCUCUUGUUCCGGACCUGGCGCCUUUCGUCCUGGAGGGCCGCCCUUACGCCCCCCUCCCCAGCGCCCCCGGAGGGGCAGAGCGGCCCCGAUCCUUCAUGAUCGAGUCCCUGCUGCAGAGGUCCCCCAAGGCAGAGCCACGGGGCCCUCCUCCUCCCAACGCUGUGGAGACCCCCGGCCAGGCCCCCCCAGCGGCCUCUUUUUUCCCCCACCCCGAGGGGCGCUGGCUGGACCCCCUCAGGGCAGAGGGCUCGCCUCUGUCCCUCUGGGCUCCUCCUCCUCCUCCUCUCCCUAAUCCCCUGGGGUGCUGUCUGCCCCCCACUCCUCCCUGGGGCCCCCCGUCCCCUGCUUCCUUCUGGGGCAACCUCCCCUCCUGUGUGCUGGCAGCCCCCUGCCCCUUCCCGGCCCCCUGCCCCAUGGUCCCUCCGGCCACCCUGCCCGCCUCCAGCACUUUCUGCCCUGCCGCUUGCCUUCCUCCUGCCUGCUGCGCCCACCCGGCAGCCUUCCCGGGCCCCCUCCUCCCCCCGGGGUGCCCUGUGGCCCAGCAGAGCGCCUGGCACACCCACCCACCCUUGCCGAGACCCACCUCGGGGUCCCAGUCUCCUUUAUCUUCAUACCCAGCGGUGCCAGGCGGGCACCCUUCGUAAAGGACUGUCGGUUGGGGGUGGGACACUGGAUGCAUUGCCUCUGUGAGGCCGGUCUCUUUGGCACUUUUAAUUCCUGGUCUAAUAAAAAUAUUCUCCCAUCCCCGGUGUCUGCAUCCCUUUAAAGAUCUCCAAACCUUUUCCUGUUUUUAUUCUUCCUUGCACAACUGAUAUACAUUUCGUUGUAAAGGCUUUUAAGUCUGUAUUUGUAUUAUUGCUAGAAAUGUUGUUCAGGGACCUAGAUAUUUAUUUCGUCAUAUUUAUUUCUCUUUGUAUUGUGUUGUCUCUUACCCAGAGUGUUGGU